UUAAUCAAACUUCUGAAGAAUAUAUUUCGAUUUCAAAUCAAAUAGUUAAUCAAACUUCUGAAAAAUAUAUUUCGAAUUCAAAUAAAAUGGUUAAUCAAACUUCGAAUGAAUAUUAUUCAGAUCAAACUCCAAAUCAGCAUCAGCAUCAAUCGAUUUUUAUUU